GUCGGGAGCUCGGAAUGCAUGCCAUACUGCUCUCUCGGGGGCCAGGAACCCUCUGUGGCUUUCGACCAGUCCGCUUGUCUUUAUUGCUUGCACGUCGAUGUCUGGCAACUACUACUACUAAGGCCCACGACCCUCUCCGCAUACUCUUCUGCGGGUCCGAUGAGUUCAGUAUUGCGUCCUUGAAGGCGCUCAAUGCGGAACAUGUCUCUAGACCAGAUCGGAUCGCCUCCAUUGAUGUCGUCUGUAGACCCGGUAAAAGGGUCGGGCGAGGGUUGAAGACUAUACGGGAAGUCCCCAUCAAAGCCGCCGCCACAGCCUUAUCGCUCCCUAUCCACGAGAUCGACACCUUUCGCGACUGGACGCCUCCCGUCCUGCCCGAAGGACCGAUCAAUCUUAUCGUCGCCGUCUCGUUUGGCUUAUUCGUACCUGCGCGAAUCAUCAAUGGCGCCAAAUACGGGGGUCUUAACGUGCACCCCUCUUUACUCCCCGACUUCCGCGGUCCCGCUCCGCUACAUCAUACACUAUUGCAUGAUAGAACCAAAACUGGCGUCACACUGCAAACGCUAGACCUGAAGCACUUUGACCACGGUACUAUUCUAGCACAGACUCCAGCUCCUGGAUUCGACAUACCGAACCCAGCUUCGUGCUCAGUUCAAGAGCUGCUUGAUCUCGUUGCACCGAAGGGGGCGGACAUUCUCGUUAAAGGCAUCCAACAAGGACUGUUCGUUCCUCCUCUAAAGGAUGCAGGCUGGCGCUCUUCAGUGAGAGAUGGUCCAUUAAUUCAUGCUGCAAAGAUCGUCCCAGAAGACCGACAUAUCAACUGGACGAUGUGGACGUUGCAUGAGAUUCAGAGAAGACAUCAAGUGCUUGGCCCACUCUGGGGCAUUUCGGUGGUCGCCAAUGGCAAAUCUAGUGAAGAACCCGUUUUUCAACAUAGGCGCGUCAUAUUCACCGAAGUUGAAGAAGUGCCGUUACUGAAAGGGUGUAGUAAAUUCUCGGUUGUACCAGGCUUGCCGUUCGUAGACGGCACCCAUCCCAUUGAACUGGAUAAAGGAAAGGGCGUUUACGUGUUUACUCGAGACCAAAAGUUGGUCAGGAUCCACCAAAUGAAAGUUGAAGGUGAACUAAAUGCAGACGCUCUUCGAGCCGCUCGCAAGGCUCGGAUGAUCGGUGACCGGACGUUAUAUUCGGGUGACAUGGGCUAUACACCUUUCUACAAACCGCUCCUAUGAAGACAAGGCAAUGGAAUCCGGAUGCUUUAAAACCAUUAUUGACCCGAUUAUAUCUGUCAAACACUCUCAAUCUCAAUCGACUCCAGCGCCCGAGCACUGACAACCGAAGAUGAUCUUCCACGGCCAACUUUCUACCUAAUGGCAAAACCGGCAUC